UCAUCACGUCGUUGUGGUAACUGCCCAGUCCCUCUGGAAAAAUGAGCUCCACCCCUCACACAUCCCGUUCCUCCAUUGACAUCCUGGAUGAGCUGCAGCUCAUCACCGCACAUAAUUUGGAGAAGGUGGACAUCAACAAAUACUAUGAGGUGAUCAGGGAGCUUGGCAAGGGCACCUACGGCAAAGUGGACCUGGUCAUCCACAAGAUCAGAGGCACGAAAAUGGCCCUGAAAUUCUUGCGGAAGAAAACCACCAAGCCGAAGAGUUUCCUGCGAGAGUACAGCAUCUCACUCUACCUGUCACCCUGUCCUUUCAUCAUCAGCAUGUUUGGUAUUGCCUUUGAAACCGAUGAAUACUACAUCUUUGCUCAAGAAUAUGCGCUGGCAGGUGAUCUCUUCGACAUCAUUCCUCCACAGGUAGGAUUGCCUGAGAGUGUGGCCAAGCGUUGCGUGCACCAGGUGGCGAUUGCUCUGGAUUACCUGCACUGCAAGAAGUUGGUACACCGUGAUAUAAAGCCGGAGAACGUCCUCAUCUUUGACAAGGAGUGCCGGAAGGUGAAACUGUCAGACUUUGGCAUGACACGCCGUGCCGGCUCUCCAAUGAAGCGGGUGAGCGGAACCAUUCCGUAUACAGCGCCAGAACUGUGCGACCCCGGGCGGCAAGAGGGCCUGUUUGUAGACUACAGCACAGAUGUCUGGGCUUUUGGUGUGCUUCUUUUCUGCAUGCUCACCGGAAACUUUCCCUGGGAAAAGGCGCUGCCAUCUGACACUUUCUACAAAGAGUUUGUGCGCUGGCAGCAGCGACGGAUGCGGACGAGAUCCGUCCCAUCACAGUGGCACCGUUUCACAGACGAGGCACUCUGCAUGUUCUGCUGCCUGCUAUCUAUUGAGCAGGACCACCGAUGCUCCGUCAAGGAGGUCUUUAGCUACUUCAAUCACUGCUGGAUGCUCGACACAAAGAACGGCAACACAACCCACCCUUGCUCCAGUAAAGACAACAGUGGCACUGUCAUAAAUGGAUGUCAGGCUGAGCUUAGCUCCUCUUCUUCUUCAGAAGAUGAGUUGGUGGACCGCUUGAAGCAGCAGAGCUUGUCGACAGGAUGUGUGGUAGCUAAAGGGGGCAUCGUCAUGGAGCCGGUGACAGCACACUACUCCUCAACGUCUACAAACAGCCCUCCUUCUUCCACUGGAGGCUAUGAGCGCAUCACCCGGGACAACAAUGGCAACAGCGGUCGCAUCAUAGGGGCGACACCAAUUGAAAUAUGCGUGUAG